UGGGCGGAGCCUGGGCGGGAGCGCAGAGCGCGAGUUCGCGGCGGGAGACUGAGGCCUGAAUGGCGCCGGCUCAGCAGUCUCGGGUUCUACGGUGCUGCAGCUGCCACAUCUUUCAGGCGCAUCAGGUGAAAAAGAGUCUCAAAUGGACAUGCAAGGCUUGUGGAGAGAAGCAGUCUUUUGUGCGGGCUUACGGUGAAGGCUCUGGUGCUGACUGUAGACGCCAUGUCCAAAAGCUAAAUCUGCUGCAAGGACAAGUGUCAGAACUGUCCCUCAGGUCUGUGGAGGAAGCUGUAAGAGCCAGUGAAGAGGAAAAUGCAGGCCCGCAGCAGGCUGAGGAAGGGAGUCAGCAGGCACUGUCUGAGCCCCUCCAGUCCCGUUGGCUGAAGUACCUGGACAAGGACUGUGAGGACCAGGAGCUGGACAGAGGAAGACCAGCUCUUAAGACACAGCUUUCAGCCAGGGCUGAGUGGCCAAGUCUAUCCUGCAGUCCAGCCCAACCCAGGAAAAGGAAGUGGAAUCGGAGCACAGGGCAGCCUGCACACGGCCUGCGCGUCCAAAGCGUGGACAGUGUUGAGGACAACUUGGAACACCAGGACUCUACUGGACUGUUUGGGACAGAGCAGCAAGGUAACAGCCCUGCCCUCAGUACUGCGAACCAUGCCCGGGAGCUCGCUUUCCCUAGGUGGAAACUACAAAGUCCUGUCAUGCAAGUUAAUGCCCCGUCUUCUAAAUGGGCACGGUUUCUCCUGUCACCUGGAAACAGUCCACGGGUGGAUGAGAAACCAUCAAGUCCUCUGCAGGAGAGCACCAGGCUAGCUGGCCUAGCACAAGCCGAACAAGGGACUGUUGAGACCAAGACUCCAGGGGAAGGCCACUUCAGCAGGGCCCCUGCCACUGUCAGGCCUCCUCAGACCACUCACACCACCACCCCACAGCUGGACAGGCCUGACAGGAAGACCCAAGAGCAGCCAAGGGUCACAGGGACUCCUCAAGCAGAUGGUAGGCCUUUGGCUCAAGGGACCCAAAAGGCUCCACCCUUGCAACUGCACAACCUCUUUACGACUGGAGAGGAUUUUGAUGAUGACCUGUAACCUUCACUUUGAUCCAUGUUACGUGAUCCCUCAAUGCCUGUCCUCCAUGUCACAGAUAGGGGUGCUUUGGAACAUAUGACCCAAUAAUAAACAUGCCUGUCAAACA